AUGCUACAAAAAGAUUAAUUAUAAAAUGAGAGAGAAUAGUUGGAAACUACUAUGAGGGAUAUGAUUGAAACAAAGAAUUCAUUAGAAAAAGAAAAUUAACUCUUAGAAAAAGAAUAUGAUAAGUAUUUCAAAUAAAAUAAAGAACUUGAAUAAACAAGAUAAGAUUUGGAAUUUGAAAUUUCAAAAAAAGAAAAAGUUGUUCUAUAAUAAAAAAAAAUGAUUGAUAUAUUUAACAAAGAAUAAAAAUAAAAAGGAGAUUAUUUGUAGUAAAUGUAAAUGAAAUAAGAAAUAUAAUAAUAAUAAACAGGUUAAUUGGAUGAUUAAUAUUAACAACUUAAUGAAAAUCUAGAAGCUGUAACUAAUGAACAGAAACUUAUUAAUAAUUAAUUAAAUUAAUGUUAAUUAGAAGCAAAAGAAACUCAAUUGGAGAAUAUCAACUUAGAUAAAAAUAUCAAAUAACUAGAAAGUGUAAUUGAUACUUUUUUUAAUCAAGUUGAUGAAGAAAAUUUAAAAAAAAUGAAUUUAGUUGAGGAUUAGAAAUUCUUAAAUGUAGAAAUGAAUAGAGCUUUAGAUUUGAUUAAUUAAUUGUCUAGCAUUAAAUAAGAUGUAUUUCAAUUCAUUAUUUAAAUAGCUAUGUGAGGAAAUUCGUACUUUUAUUUCUGAAGAUGAAUAAAUAUCACACAUUGUAAAUAGAAAGAAUAAACAAAUUAAAUUAAUAUAAUAUGCAGAAUAAUAAAUAGAAGAUUCUUAAUCUAAUAACUUGAAUAAUAUUAUUUGA